AUUGAUCCAAAUGGAUAUGGACGGAUUGAGGCGAUGGAUGCUGCAAGAUUUCUUAAGAAAUCCCAGUUGAGUGAUGUUAUUCUGAGUAAAAUAUGGGAUAUGGCUGAUCCACAAUCGAGAGGUUCUUUAGACAAAUCUGGCUUGUUUGUUGCACUCAAAUUAUGUGCAUUGGCACAAACAGGAAAGGAUUUGAAUAUAUCUAAUCUAAGCCUAGAAUUGCCACCACCGAAGAUGGGAGACAUCCCAGUCAUUCCACAGAAGGUUAUGACUAAUGCUUUGCCUGUAAUAACAUCUGUCAAUAAUGGAGAUUGGUCAAUUAAUCCUACAGAACGAGCGAAAUACGAUCAGCUUUUUGACAGCUUACAGCCAUCUAAUGGCUACAUAUCUGGAAAUAAAGUAAAAGGUGUUCUUAUGGACAGCAAACUUCCCUUAGAUACUCUUGGUAAGAUUUGGGACUUAGCAGAUAUGGACAAGGAUGGUAUGCUGGAUAGACACGAAUUUGUAGUUGCUAUGCAUCUUGUAUAUAAAGCAUUGGAAAAAUAUGCGAUACCAAGUGUACUUCCACCAGAAUUAAUGCCGCCUAAUAAAAGGAAAGACAUUAUUAUCUCUAAGACUAAGUCUCCUACACUGAUAGGCAUGGCAGUUACUGCACCACCAUCAUCGCAAUCACAAGUACCACCCUUAUCAAAUACGACGACUGUUAAGAGCUUGACUGGAUUAGAUGCUGUAAAAACAAGCGCGCAACAUUGGGUAGUUUCGGCUGAAGAUCAAAUAGCUGCGGAAAAGUUAUUUUUACAAGCUGACAUGGACAGAGAUGGAUUUGUCUCUGGUUUAGAAAUCAAGGAUGUCUUCCUACAAAGUGGACUUCCACAUUCUGUGUUAGCUCAUAUAUGGAGUUUAUGCGAUAUUUGUCAAAGUGGAAAAUUAAAUAAGGAACAAUUUGCCAUAGCUAUGUGGCUUAUCAAGCAGAAACUCAAUGGUAUAGAUCCUCCAACAAGUUUAACUCCUGAAAUGAUACCGCCUUCUAUACGGAAAGUUGGGGAAACUAUUGUGGUAAUUAUUAAAAUUCUUUUCUGA